AUGAGAAUACUUGGGGUGAAAGUCUCACCAGUAUCGUAUUUAUUUCGAACAAUGACCACCGCUGCCACUGCCGCUGCAAAAUCAGCACAACCUGUCAAACCAAGAGUUUUAAGAGUUGGGAAAAUCGAAUACGCUCAAGAAAAAUGGGCACAAAUAGCAGAUCUUGUUGAAGUUGUCGAUUGCGAAUCUGCCAAUCGUGAAGAAUUUCUCAAGGAUUUAGGAGGUAAAUAUAACGAUAUUACUAAUGUGUUGAGAACGUUUGCCUCAGUGUCUCAAACCGGUAGGUUUGACGAAGAAGUCGCUGCUCAUAUGCCAAAGACAUUAAUAUCUUUGAGUCAUACCGGUGCUGGCUACGAUCAAGUUGAUAUUGAACCCUUCACCAAAAGAGGAGUGCAAGUCUCAAAUGUCACUGUGCCAGUGGAAGCGCCCACCGCAGACACGGCAGUCUGGCUAACUCUUACUUGUUUGAGAAAUUUUCAACAAGGUCACGACCUCUUGGUUAAAGGAAACUGGUUAAAAGAGAAGAGUGCUGGUGCAAAGUUGGCACAUAGUCCCGAGGGGAAAAGCAUUGGAAUAUUGGGAAUGGGUGGUAUUGGUAAAGCAAUUAGGGACAGAUUGAAGCCAUUUGGGUUUAAAAAAAUCCUUUAUUAUAAUAGAAGUCAAUUGGCUGCUAAAGCGGAAAACGGCGCAGAGUACGUAACAAGGGAAGAAUUAUUUAAGCAAUCAGAUAUUAUUGUAAUAAGUGUGCCAUUGAAUGCAAACACAAGGCACUCAAUUGAUAAAAAGGCAAUCGAGCAAAUGAAAGAUGGCGUGAUCUUGAUCAAUACUUCAAGAGGUGCUGUUAUUAAUGAAUCGCAAUUACCGGAGUUGAUCAAAUCUGGGAAAAUCGGUUCUUUUGGUGCAGACGUAUUUGAACAUGAACCAGAAGUUUCUAAGGAGUUGAUUGAUUUACCAAACGUGGUUAGUUUACCACACAUGGGAACAUAUACCUAUGAAGCUACCAAAAACAUGGAAGAAUGGGCAGCAGAAAAUGUCUUGACAUGUUUAAAAACGGGAAAGGUUUUGAGUAUUGUACCUGAACAAAAAGACAUGAAAAUCGAUGCAAAACCAUUGAUAUAA